GGCCGAUCCGCGCACUCUUCUUGCCGCCGCCGUUGCGUACGCCGCGCCCAGCCGAGGAGAUCGUCGGACAGAGGCGAGCCGGUAGGGUCGCUUCAGCAGCUGCAACGGCCAGAGGAGAAAAAAAUCCACGUCUUCCUUUACUUCCUUUUAUUAAUCGCCGGCCGAAAUGCCUCGCGGGGAUCGGGAGAGCGAUUGGGUGAGUGAGAGGGAAAAGGAGCAGUUCCGCAAACUAUUCAUUGGCGGCUUAAGCUUUGAAACAACAGAAGAAAGUUUGAGAAACUACUAUGAACAAUGGGGAAAAUUAACGGAUUGUGUGGUAAUGAGAGAUCCUGCAAGCAAACGUUCACGAGGAUUUGGUUUUGUAACAUUUUCAUCUAUGGCUGAAGUUGAUGCAGCAAUGGCUGCCAGGCCUCAUUCAAUUGAUGGAAGAGUAGUUGAACCAAAAAGGGCUGUAGCCAGAGAGGAAUCUGGGAAGCCUGGAGCUCAUGUUACUGUAAAAAAAUUAUUUGUUGGUGGAAUUAAAGAAGACACUGAAGAACAUCACCUCAGAGACUACUUUUCAGAAUAUGGAAAAAUUGAUACAAUUGAAAUAAUUACAGACAGACAAUCUGGCAAAAAGAGAGGCUUUGGAUUUGUAACUUUUGAUGACCAUGAUCCUGUGGAUAAAAUUGUGUUACAGAAAUACCACACAAUCAAUGGACAUAAUGCAGAAGUAAGAAAGGCUUUAUCAAGGCAAGAAAUGCAAGAAGUUCAAAGCUCAAGGAGUGGAAGGGGAGGUAAUUUUGGCUUUGGAGAUUCACGUGGAGGUGGUGGAAACUUUGGUCCAGGACCAGGAAGCAAUUUCAGAGGUGGAUCUGAUGGCUAUGGAGGUGGUCGUGGAUUUGGUGAUGGAUAUAAUGGAUAUGGAGGGGGACCAGGAGGUGGCAAUUUUGGAGGCAGUCCUGGUUAUGGAGGAGGAAGAGGUGGAUAUGGUGGAGGAGGACCUGGGUACGGCAACCAGGGUGGGGGCUACGGAGGUGGAUAUGACAACUAUGGAGGAGGCAAUUAUGGAGGUGGGAAUUACAAUGACUUUGGAAAUUAUAACCAACAGCCUUCAAACUAUGGUCCAAUGAAAAGUGGAAAUUUUGGUGGAAGUAGGAACAUGGGAGGACCAUAUGGUGGAGGAAACUAUGGUCCUGGAGGCAGUGGUGGAAGUGGGGGUUAUGGAGGGAGGAGUCGUUAUUGAACUUCUGUAAGCUUUUCAUGGGUGAAGUGAGUGAUGCUGUAGACAUUCUUUUGUGGCAUCUGGAAACUGUGGGGACCUGGAUGGGGAACAAGACUUCAUCUGAACCCUAUAAAAUGGAGUGAUGGGGGCAGGCCCCUCUGCAUCCGGGAGUUUAUCAAUUUUGGACUUGGAUCUACACUACCCCAGAUGGAGCCAGUGUGUAAUCUGAAGUCUUCCUGGAGUCAUGGUAGCUGUACCCUUUGCUCAAUUUUGUAUUGUGUGUCAUAAUGCCAUUGGAUAGGCUAUCAGUCACUCAUGUCCAGGUUACUCCCAUUUUGACAAUUUCAAUGUUCUCUACAUGGGGCUACUCUUGAAAAAGUUCUGGAAGCUUCAGUUGGUACAAAUGCACCCGCAUCAGCAAUCUUGGAUACUCAAAGAAUGGGGCAUGUAACACCUUUGCUUCAUGAGCUGCACUGGGAUCCAGUUAAAAGUGUUGGUUAUGACCUUUAAAGCCCUACAUAGGGCCAGGUUACCUACACAGAUGUCUUUGUCCCAUUACAUCAGUCCUCCCACCUGGUUAGGCAAGCAAGAUACAUUAUGGACCCUGUGGGCCAAAGAAUUCUGACUAACAGGGUUCAGAAAGAGAGCUUUCUCUGCUGUAGCUACUGUCUCUGGAACAUUCUCCAUCCCCACCCCCCAGACAUGAGGUCCUGUUUUCCUGGUCUUUUGGAAAGUGUUAAUGAAUUAAUUAAGUUAUAACAUUUAAUUUUAAUAAUCCUUGUCUCUUUUUAAAUUUUAUAUACUAUUUAAAUGUAUUAUUUGUGUACUGCCCAGAAUCCCUCUCUGAGUGAGAUGGGUGGUUUCAAAAUUUGACAAAUAAAUAAAUAAGAUCCCAGGGAUAGAAAGAGGAAGCAAGGAGAAGCAUCUUCAAUUUGUCCUGUAGUAAAUGUGUAUUUUAUUAAAGUUCAUGCUCACCAAGGCAGCUAUUUUCCAAAUCAGUCCACUGAUCCAAAAGUCUUAGGCAUCUUUAGAGUAAAAUACUAGCUCAUUUGAAAUAACAGUCUUCAUAGGAACCUACAAUCUGAAUGCCUGUAUUAUUCAACCAAAACAUAAUGCAUGCACAGCUAUAGCAAAUACUUUGAUGUACUGAGUAUUCGACUGUUGGCUCUUCCUCCUACUGGUAGUAAUCAUAGGUAAAGUAUUAAAUAUUUUGACUGCUGUUUUUUUCUCCACAAUAUUCUGCUAGCUUGCUAGAAUUGAUGGGAACUUAAGUCCUAAACUUCCAGAAAACUCCAGAUAUAUCUGCUCUAUAUAUACCUCCACAUAUAUCUUACUUUUUUAAAAGUAAGUUUAAGUAAGUUACUUAAUUUUAAGGUAAAAUUCAAGGAUGAAGUCAAAACCCUUUCUGAUUUAGCUGGAGUUAUUUGGACUUUCUAGGGACCUCUCUGCAUGCAGCAUGAAAGCAAGAAUUAUCCCAUUGUCUCCUUUUCAGAGACUGACUAUCAGAAGUUUCUAAACCUAGAUGUUCCACAGAAGACUUUGUGGGUAGUCCAAACUUCCAUGAUUUUAACCAGUCUCCAUUUAGGUCAAAUAUCCAUCAAAAGCAAUGAGUUUUGUAAGGUCAUUAUUCUACUCCCUAAUAAUAUUCAUAUUAACUGACUACAGCAGGUGGCAGCAUCUGACUGAUCUUGACCAGUCUGAGAAAUAAGACCGGUUGGACCUAUUUGGUACUUAGUUGGGAUCCAUCUAGCAUUUCCAUCUAGCUCUUCAUUAGAUACCCAAACAUUUUAAUAGUCAUUUUUAUAUAUAAUUUUUGAUAGUAUCUAAAUUUCAUCCUAAAUUGACUAUGGGCAGUUACAUCAAUAAUCUUCUACAGGCUUUAGAGAGAGAACCCGGUAUCUUCCAGACACUAUAUCUCAUUUUUCUCUUUCUUGACUGUACACUCUUUGAACUUUUUGUCUGGUAGCCAGCAAAAGGAGAAAAUCCAAUGAGUAUAUUAAUCCUUGCAAUAGCAAAAAAGUAUACUAUUGUUCAUUUCAGCAUUGUGUUCAUUUUAUGUGAGAUGAGACAAUAUAAUGCAGUUGUGAGGGCUGUGAGAAGAAAGACUGCACAUUCACUGAUAUAAAUCAGCCUGUUUUGAAUAUUU